GCCGUGGCCGUGCCAGCCCAGCGCCAGCGGUGCAUGCCGGGCGCCCUGCCCGCCGUGACGCUGCACAUCGCACCCGGCGCCGCCACCGGGGCCGCACCGCCACCGGGGCCGCCGCCAUGGCGGGCGUGAAGGUGAUCGCCAACGACACCGAGUUCCAGCCCGAGCUGAGCGCCGCCGGCUCCCGCCUGGCCGUGGUGAAGUUCACCAUGAGGGGAUGUGGCCCUUGCUUAAGGAUAGCUCCAGCCUUCAAUGCCCUGAGUAACAAAUACCCCCAGGCAACGUUUUUGGAAGUGGAUGUGCAUCAAUGCCAGGGCACAGCUGCCACCAACAACAUCUCAGCAACCCCCACGUUCCUGUUCUUCCGGAACAAAGUGCGGAUCGACCAAUAUCAGGGAGCAGAUGCCGUGGGCUUGGAGGACAAAAUCAAACAGCACCUGGAGAACGACCCUGGGAACAGCGAGGACACAGACAUCCCCAAAGGAUACAUGGAUCUGCUGCCCUUCAUCAACAAGGCCGGGUGUGAGUGUCUCAACGAGAGCGACGAGCACGGCUUCGAGAACUGCCUGCGCAAGGACCCCUCCUACCUGGAGUCCGACUGCGACGAGCAGCUGCUUAUCACUGUAGCUUUUAGUCAGCCUGUCAAGCUUUACUCUAUGAAACUUCAGGGGCCAGACAACGGGCAAGGGCCCAAAUACAUCAAGAUCUUCAUCAACCUGCCGCGGUCGAUGGAUUUCGAGGAGGCAGAGCGCAGCGAGCCCACCCAGGCCCUGGAGCUGGGCCCCGAGGACAUCAGGGAGGAUGGCAUCAUCCAGCUCCGCUACGUCAAAUUCCAGAACGUCAACAGCGUCACUUUGUUUGUCCAGUCCAAUCAUGGUGAUGAAGAGACAACACGAAUCACAUAUUUCACAUUUAUUGGCACUCCAGUGCAAGCCACGAACAUGAACGACUUCAAACGACUUAACUCCCCAUUCCCAAAGAACUAAAAGGGCAGAAGAAAUUAAAAAGUAGUUGGCAAAAAAGGAGAGAGCCACUAGGAAGCAAAGCCACUGGAAGGCCUUAUCCCAGUCCAAGAUUCCCCCUUUUCUCUCUGACUCCUGGAUAAUUGCUUGACCAUAACCAGAGACUGUCAGUUUGAUUUACUGCCAUUUCCAAUAAAUCAUUGCUUUGAGCUGGA